CUGUUCAUACUGACGUCACUCACGGCGAACGGCUCGCGCGCUGCUCGCUGAGCCUCACGCGCUGAGUCCUGACUUGGCUCUUGCAGAAACGCGGGAAUCAAAGGGAGCCGGUAAGGAGGCUGCGAGCCAUCAGCCCGAAGCACUGCUGUCAUUUCUGCUGACCAGCCUAACGGGACAUAACAUUAAAGAUGCAGUCGGGCGCCUUUUUAGUGAUGCUGGCUAUUCAAGUCUACGCUGAUGGCACCGAAGGGCCAACAGCCGGCUGCAAGUUUGAUGAAGACUCGAACAACAGCCUAGAUGAAUGCCAGCAGGGGAAUGAUGACGACUUCGACUGGCAGUUAGUCCGGACCUACAGCUGGCCUCAGGAAGACCCAGACCUCCUGCCUGGGUCAUUCAUGUUGGUGAACUCUUCCCAGCAUGCCGAGGGGGCGCGCGCCCGUCUCUCACUGCGCCCACUGAGUGAGAAUGACACACACUGUGUUCAGUUCAGCUACUUCCUGUACAGCCGUGAUGGCCACAGCCCCGGUGCCCUGCGCGUCUUCGUGCGUGUGAAUGGCGGGCCGCUAGGCAGCCCCAUCUGGAACGCCUCCGGCUCACACGGCCGGCAGUGGCACCAGGUGGAGCUGGCCAUCAGCACCUUCUGGCCCAGUGAUUACCAGGUUCUGUUUGAGGCCUUUGUCUCUCAGGAGAGCCGUGGCUACGUGGGACUUGAUGACAUCCUGCUGCUGAACUACCCCUGCCACAAGGUGCCACACUUCUCCCGCCUGGGUGACGUGGAGGUGAACGCUGGGCAGAAUGCCACCUUCCAGUGUGUAGCGCUAGGCCGUGCCUCAGACCUGGAGCAGCUCCUACUUGAGGAGCAGAGUGGGCCAGUGCUGCAGGCCUCCUCGGUAUGGAAGACGAGCCACCGGCGCUCUGUCGGCAUCUUCAUGGUGGACUGGCUGGGGGGGGCAGACCAGGCAGCAGGGGGGCAGCACCUGUAUCGCUGCGUCAGCCCCUCGGCUCGGGGGGCCGCUGUCUCCAAUUUUGCCCAGCUCAUCGUGAAAGUGCCCCCCUCCCCUACCGAGCCUCCCCAGCUUCUCCGCGCCGGCCCCACCUACCUGAUCAUCCAGCUGAACACUGACGCCAUGCUGGGCGAUGGCCCAGUGAUCCGCCGCCAGGUGCAGUACCGCACUGGCCACUCUGCCUGGGCCGAGAUACACGGUGUCAGCACUGCCACCUACAAGGUGUGGCACCUGGAGCCAGACACCGAAUAUCAUAUCAGCGCCCUGCUGACGCGGCCCGGCCCUGGGGGGACCGGGCGACCGGGGCCACCACUGGUCAGCCGCACCCGAUGUGCAGAGCCCAUGCGUGCUAUCCGAGACUUGCGGGCCACCGAGAUCCAGUCCCGCCAGCUGACCUUGCAGUGGGAGCCCCUGGGAUACAACCUAACCAGAUGCCACAGUUACACUGUAUCGCUGUGUUACCACUAUUACACAGCGGGGGGCGGUGGCGUGCAGAACGCCACAGUGCGUGAGUGCCUGACCGUGGAGCAGGAUGCCUCGCGGCUCACCCUGCGUGACUUGCCGCCCUUUCGGCCCGUGCAUGUGCGCCUGGCACUCACCAACCCUGAGGGCAGCAAGGAGGGACGGGAGGUCACCUUUCAGACGGAGGAGGACGUCCCUGGGGUCAUUGCCACAGAGUCACUGACAUUCACCCCUUUGGAUGACAUGGUCUUCCUCAAGUGGGAGGAGCCUGUGGAGCCCAAUGGUCUUAUCACUCAGUAUGAGAUCAGCUACCAGAGCAUUGAAUCGUCGGAUCCAGGUAUCAACGUGCCAGGCCCUCGGCGCGUCGUGUCCAAACUCCGCAACGAGACCUACCACGUGUUCUCCAGCCUGCAGCCUGGGACCACAUACUUGGUUUCUGUACGUGCUCAAACUGCCAAGGGUUUCGGACUCACAGCACUCACCGAAAUCACCACCAACAUCUCAGCCCCGGCCUUUGACUACGAGGAUGCACCGGCCUUGCUGGCUGAGACGGAGAGCACCGUCACUGUGCUCCUGCGGCCGGCCCAGGCCAGGGGAGCCCCCAUCAGCACCUACCAGGUUGUGGUUGAGCAGGAAGAGGAGCAGGGGGAUGAGGAAGAUGAAGAGAGCUCCAGGCAGGUGAAGAGAGAGCUGAGUAAGCAGGAGUGCUUUCCCACGCCCACCCUGACUUUGGGGGGCGGAGCCUACUGCAGUGCAGAGCUGCCUCCCAGCAGCCUGCCUGAGGCUACGCCCUUCACCGUCGGUGACAACCGCACCUACAAUGGCUGCUGGAACACUCCACUCGAUCCCAGGAAGAGUUACGCCAUCUACUUCCAGGCUAUCAGUCAUUUUAAAGGGGAGAUGCGGAUCAACUGUAUUCGUAUCGCAAGGAAAGCAGCCUGUAAGGAUCACAGGCAGGCCCUGGAGGUGUCUCAGCACGCUGAAGAGAUGGGACUCAUCGUUGCUUCCUGUGCUGGAGGGCUGCUGCUCCUCACCUCUCUGCUGGGGCUCGUUGUCAUCCUAAUCAAGAAGCGCAGGGUAGAGGCAGCUGUCCACAAGGUCCCUAUGUGCAAACGAUUGGAGAAACCACAAGACAAGGCACGGCAGAGCUCCCAGGAGAAGAAUGCCCCAGGCAUGGAGCAGAGUGCGCUGGAAAAUGGCAGGCUGCAGGAGGCCUUCUUGCAUGGACACAGCUGUGCAGCUCGCAAGGAGCAUCGCCACUCGAUGAACGAGUCCAGCAGCUUGCUGGGGCGGUCUCCACAGCAACUGGGAGCACAUAUGGGAUCCCUGUACCCCAAGGGACAGCUGCGUCCUGCUGUGCGCGUGGCUGACCUCCUGCAGCACAUCAGCCAGAUGAAGACAGCUGAGGGCUAUGGCUUCAAGCAGGAGUAUGAGAGUUUCUUCAGCAGCUGGGAUGGCCACAGCAAAAAGGGCAAGACCACAGCUUGUCACGACAGUCUCCUGGGCUAUGACCAUCAUCGUGUCAAGCUCCACUCACUGCUGGGAGAGACAGGUGGUGUCGGUGCCAACUACAUUGAUGGCUACCACCGUCCCAACCACUUCAUCGCUACGCAGGGUGAGGUCCAACUGUGCAUCUGUUUGUGUGUGUGUGUGUAUAUAUAUGUAGUUAAUAUGUGGAGUCAUGAUUGGUGGGUGUGGCUGUUGCUUGUUGAUUGGACCACUUUUCUGAUGGGAGUGGCUGUUGAUUAUUGGUUGGAUGACCUUUCUGGUGGGGUGGCUAGGGGCUUCUCAGCCAAGCAGGAGGUGCGGCAGUUCCAUUUCACGUCGUGGCCAGAGCAUGGCGUGCCGAUCCAUGCCACAGGGCUGCUGGCUUUCCUGCGCCGCGUGAAGGCCGACACCCCCUCUGACAGUGGGCCGCUGGUGGUGCACUGCAGUGCCGGGGCCGGCCGGACAGGCUGCUACAUAGUGCUGGACGUCAUGCUGGACAUGGCUGAGUGUGAGGGCGUGGUGGACAUCUACAACUGCGUCAGAACCCUCUGCUCCCACCGCAUCAACAUGAUCCAGUCAGAGGAACAGUACGUGUUCAUCCAUGAGGCCAUCCUGGAGGCGUGUCUUUGUGGGGAGACGGCCAUCCCAUUGGCUGAGUUUGCUGCCAGCUACACAGAGAUGCUGAGGGUGGAUCCCCAAAGUAACUCCUCCCACCUACGAGAAGAGUUCCAGACGCUGAACUCUGUCACACCCCACUUGGACGUGGAAGAGUGCAGCAUGGCACUGCUUCCCAGGAACCGGCAGAAGAACCGCAGCAUGGAUGUUCUGCCCCCGGACCGCUCGCUGGCCCUGCUCACAGCGUCCGAGGGCGAUGCGGCUGGCAGCAGCUAUGUCAAUGCGGCUCUAGCCAGCAGCUUCCACCGACCCGCCGCCUUCAUCGUCACGCCGCAUCCGCUGGCCAACACCACUGCAGACUUCUGGAGGCUCGUCUUUGACUACGGCUGCAGCGCUGUGGUCAUGUUGAACCAGCUGAACCAGUCCAACUCUGCCUGGCCCUGCCUGCAGUACUGGCCAGAACCCGGACUACAGCACUAUGGGCCCAUGCAAGUGGAGUUCCUGUCCAGGUCAACUGACGACGAUGUUGUCACGCGUCUCUUCCGUGUGACGAAUCUGACUCGGCUUCAGGAGGGCCAGUUGCUGGUUCGUCAGUUCCAGUUCCUGCGCUGGUCGGCCUACCGGGAAGUGCCUGAUUCCAGAAAGGCCUUCCUUGGCCUGCUGGGCUUGGUGCUGAAGUGGCAGGGAGAGGCUGGGGAAGGCCGUACUGUUGUGCACUGCCUGAAUGGCGGAGGCCGCAGUGGUACUUUCUGUACCUGUGUCAUGCUGCUGGAGAUGAUGCGCUCUCACGGCAUGGUAGACGUCUUCUACGCUGUCAAAACACUGCGGAACUCCAAGCCUAACAUGGUGGAGAGCCUGGAGCAGUACCGGUUCUGUUACGACCUGGCACUGGAGUACUUGGCCUGCCUGGAGGCCAGGUAACAGCCGGUCCACAGACCCCCCCAGCUGCUGCCGGUCUAGACUUGUCCUCCUUCCGGGUUUCUGUUAAGGAUGCAGUAACUGUCCCGUAACAGCAAGUUGGAUGCAGGAGAAGCUGCAGCUGUAUGGCCAAAAGUGGUGCUGAUCUCACAACACUCAGUGUGCCCCUUUUGGAUUUCAGCUUUUUGAACAUUAACUUGUGUGUUGAUUUUGCCUGGGGCUUCAUGUGUGGCAUGUUCUUGUCGAGGCCAAAGGCAUGACCUGCAUAACCUGCAGAGUUUCCAUUGGGAUCAAGAGCAGCUGACUGUCCAAAGGAUCACAACCUGCAGAGUGUCCACAGGAUGAAGACCUGCAGACUGUCCACAGCGAAAAAGACCUGCAGACUGUCCACAGCGAAAAAGACCUGCACAGUGUCCACAGGGAACAAAACCUGCACAGUGUCCACAGGUCACAAGACCUGCAGACUGUCCACAGGUCACAAGACCUGCAGACUGUCCACAGGGACCAAGACCUGCAGACUGUCCACAGGGAACAAGACCUGUAGUGUGUCCACAGGGAUCAAGACCAGCUGCAGAGCUGUCUAGAGGAAUUAAAACCCGUCCCUGUGAGCCAGUGAUUUGAUCUGGUCUCGAGGAUUACUAACAAGAAUUUCCAGUUCUCACAAUGGUCCAGAGGAUUCUGUUGUAGGAAAAAGCUUUGAGAAGAGCACACAUUGAUGAGGAACUGAGCAGAUAUAAGAACAGCAGAGAAUGCCUGCAGAAAGGUGACAUUUUCUGAUAUCACUGCCAGUACUGCUUGGGAACUGACUGGAGCUGCCUGAUCAGGUCCACUCAAGCUGAAGAGCUCAAAUUGAGUGCUUGGAUUUACCUUGACUGUUGCCAUGGAGAUUAGCUCUUGGAAAUCUCUUGGCAGAUGAGAUUGGUAGGGUCUCUGAUGGGAAUGCAGGUCACAAAUCGGGUAACCCUUUGUGUCUACACAAGAGAUGCUUUGGUUGUGGUCUGUGCACAUAGGUGUUUUGCAGAUGUUUCUAGGUAUUGUGAUUCAAGUUUCCAGUCAAUUACGUGUGUGUGUGUGUCUCUGUCUGUGAAACAGGUGACCUUCAGAACACGUGUCUGCCAUUUGCUGAAAUACACAAAUGAGCCAUUCUACCCAGCAGGGACUCCUUCUGCACAGCAGCCCGACACUCUGCAGGAACAAGAUUAAAAAGUUAUCAUACAUACUACUUUAUUAUUAUUAUUAUUAUUAUUAUUAUUGAUAGUGAUCAUUUCUCAUUACACUGUCUAUAUUUUUCGCAGUUGUUGACAGAAAUGUAAUAAAUGGCACUGAUAAAUGAGCAUUUCAGUGGUUUUGGCAUAUAUAUUUUGAAAUUUCACAGUUCUGUUGUAUUUCCUUGUCUUUCUUGCUGUGUUCAGUCUUGUUUCACCCACACCUUCCCCAGAAGCAUCUCAAACCCAGUGGUACACAAAUAUUUUUUCAAUAUCUGUGUCCACAUGUGCCUUCUGUGCUUACCUGUAAAUUGCCGUAUUCUGAAACCAUCUGGGAUUGAGGUACAGAUGAUUUGGGAGCAUGGGAGGGAGACGUCUUCUGGAGCGACCCUUGAGACAGCUGUCCUCCAAGGGCCAUAACACUGACAAGCACCUUCCAGCAGCACAGCUAGGGGGCUCAGGACUGUUAGUCUGUGUUGCAUUUCAGUACAGUGGAAUUAGCACUGAGAGAAUUUGUUUGGUUUAUGAGUCUGAAUCCUCUCUUUGUCGUAUGGCUUAGCAGUGGAGUAUGGAGGUCCCACCUACUGCGAAACACAGUGGCUUGACUUUCUGCUUUCUUGGGGGGGGGCAAUGUUAUUUGGAUUCAGAGUGUUUUGUGUGAUUAUACUUACUCUCAGCGAUACUUUUUGACCCAAUAAAUAACUGCUGUUGAGCUUCUUGUGCUGUUGGUUGAAGUCCUUCAAGGGAAAUGUUUUUAAACCCAUGAACAAAGCUCUUAACCUUAUACAUCCGGAGAGGAUGGUAAAAUGGAUUAUUUGUAUAUUAACAUUUUCCAGUGCAAAAUGCGAGCCACUGCAUGUAGAAGGCUAUUGUCCUCUCAUUUUGAAAAGGCCAAAUGCUGACUGUAAUCACGCAUAAUGUAAAUUUCUCUGGUUAAGAGCCUCUCCUUGGGUAAAAGAGUAUUAUUAUGUUUAAAUUGCUGAGGAAAUCUACACAGUUUGUCAUCAGGACGAUUAACAGUGUUCUCCACUGAAGAGUUAUGAUGUGAGAAAUGCAUUAAUCUAUUUUAUACGUCACGCUCCUGCUCUGACAGUGACGGGCAGGCAGGCGUGCUCCUGGGCCUCCGGAAACUUCCCUGCAUGCCAACUGCCUGCCCCAGUGUUACUCCAAGUCACAUGCGUGUGGCACUCGAGCAGCGCUCCAAACUGGUGCCCCUGAGGAUGGCGAUGUGCCCCAGUCAUGGCAGAGACGUGGCAGGGCAUGGGGCAGAGGUACACCUGACAGUGACACUUACAUCCCUCCUUCUUUGGCAGUUUCCUGGUUCUAUUUUAUGACAUCAUCUUCUACCUCCCUCAGUGUGCAACAAAUGACUUCAGAAAGGCCAACGAUCCCACGAGCAUGGAACCUCACCCAAUAUGUGUGCUGCAAAUUAGAGACUAAUUCUUAUGAGAACCUUUGUGUGGCUCCUCUCAGAAAAAGCAUUUAUAUGAUAAUGAAAACGAUGCAGGUGCUUCGCUCACAGGAAAUUCUGUUAUAUGCAAGACAAGAAGUGCUGACUACUCAGUAUCGUGUUUGGAAAUGGAGCAGGAUGCUCGCAAGCCACCUGCGGGACUCUGCCUGCAAAAGAGCUUAUUUUGUUGGUCUCUAACACAGUCAGAAAUACUUGCUUUUAUAAUUGGUGUAAAAUAUUUGUUGAAUCACCUGAAUAUGAAAAUAAAGCAUAUUGAUCACAAAAAG